AUGGCGCCGAAGGGGAAGGGCGAUGCGGGGAAGGUGACGCAGAAGUCACCGGCGGAGUUCUUCGCGGAGAACAGGAACAUCGCGGGGUUCGACAAUCCGGGCAAGUCGCUCUACACCUCGGUGCGGGAGCUCGUGGAGAACAGCCUGGACGCCGCGGAGUCGAUCUCCACGCUCCCGGACAUCCAGGUCACGAUCGAGGAGAUAUCGCAGAAGACCCUGAACACGAUGCGAGGUAUUUCGAACGCGAACAGGAAGGACGAGGAGCUGUACCACGACUUUGAGACGGAAGCAGACAGGAAGAAGCGAGCGGCCAAGGAGGCGAGGGAGGAGGCGAAGAUCAAGAAGGUCGAGGAGGAGAAGGGGCAGCAGGCGGCGGACAAGAUGCGGAAGACGCUCGAGCGGCAGCGCGAGCGCGCUGGGGCCCGGGGCGCGAAGAUAUUCUACCGGGUGACUGUCCGAGACAACGGAAUGGGAAUGCCUCACAAGGACAUUCCGGACAUGCUGGGGCGCGUGCUGUCCGGCACCAAGUACGGCGUGCGGCAGACGCGCGGGAAGUUCGGCCUCGGCGCGAAGAUGGCGCUCAUCUGGGCGAAAAUGAGCACCGGACUGCCAAUCAAGAUCGCGUCGGCCACGUCCCGGUCGGGCCGCGUGAGCCACUACGAGCUGGGCAUCGACAUCCAUGCCAACCUGCCCGACGUCUUCAAAGAGGCCACGCUCCCCAACGACGAGGGCUGGCGCGGCAGCGAGCUCUCCGUCGUCAUCGAAGGCAACUGGCCGUACUACCGCGCCAAGCUCCUCAGCUACUUCCGUCAAAUCGCAGUCAUUACCCCCUACGCCCAGUUCUCCCUCAGGUACGUCGCGGAGGAGAACGAGAAGGCGUCGUUCCACGCAGUCUUUGAGCGGCGCGCUGACAAGAUGCCGCGGUCGCCGAAGGAGGUGCGGUACCACCCCGCGGCGGUCGACCUCGAGCUCCUCAAGCACAGCGUCGCCACGACGCGCGAGCCCACGCUCCUGCGCUUCCUCACGCGGGAGUUCGAUUGCGUGAAGAAGGACCUGGCGGAACGCCUGGCGUGCGAGGUGGGCAUGGGCGUGGAGCCCGAGUCGGACCCGACGGAGCUGUCGACGAAGCAGGUGAUGCGGCUGCACCAGCUCCUGCACCAGGCGCGCUUCCCCGACCCGAAGGGGGCGCACCUGAGUCCCGCGGGGGAGUACAACUUGCGGCUGGGGAUCAUGAAGGAGCUGCGGCCGGAGAUGGUCGCGACGCACGAGGGCCCUGCGCGCGCGUACGAGGGCCACGCGUUCAUCGUCGAGGCCGGGGUCUCGAUCGGGGGGCGCGACGUGAAGCCCGGAAUCAACGUGUACCGGUUCGCGAACCGCAUUCCGCUGCUGUUCGAGGCCGGGAGCGACGUGGUGACGCAGACGGCGACGAAGCGGAUCAACUGGGGCGCGUACAAGAUCAACCACCACACCGACCGCGUGGGGGUGUUCGUGUCUAUCGUGUCGAGCCGGAUCCCGUUCAAGGGCGCGGGGAAGGAGUACAUGGCCGACGACAUCGACGUCAUCCGGCAGGCCGUCAAGGCCGCGAUACAGCAGUGCUGCCAGCAGCUCAAGGCGAAGAUCUCGCGGCAGCAGGCGGCGCGGGAGCAGAAGCAGCGCAAGCGCAACUUGUCCAAGUACAUCCCCGACGCGGCCCGCGCGAUCGCCGGCGUGCUCGAGACGAUGGCGUACGAGGAGCGCGCGCCCGGUCCCAAGCGCCGGCGGCUCCAGGACGAGCAGGACCUGCUGCCGCUGGUCGAGUCCGGGCAGGUGGGGGAGGAUGCGCUGGUGCGGGCGCUGCGGGAGCACGUGGAGCGGAUCGACAUGCAGGGGCAGCUCGAGUUCCAGGUGCAGCAGGGGCUGAGCCAGGGGCUCGUGCGGGACCUGUAUCUCGUGCCGCUCGGGGCGCGGCACCAGCACGGAGAGGAGCUCCAUGCCAACAGCUGCGUGUUCAAGCCGCUGGCGUGA